UCACUUUCCCCUGCUCCAGACCCUCUGCUCCUGGCCUGCCCGGCCUGCAGACUUGUGAGGGUCCGAGGUGGGGAGAUGCUGGCAGAGCUGGGGUCCUAUCUGCUGCUGGCAGUGGCUCUGCUGGGCCCAGGCCCCAGGGCCCGAGCCAUGAAAGGUGUCAAAUGUGGGGGGGUGCUCUCAGCACCUUCUGGAAACUUCUCCAGCCCCAACUUCCCUGGACUCUACCCCUACAACACGGAGUGCAGCUGGCUCAUCGUGGUGGCCGAGGGCUCCUCGGUCCUUCUCACCUUCCACGCCUUUGACCUGGAAUACCACGAUGCCUGCGGCUUCGACUUCCUGGAGAUCUACAAUGGGGUGGCGGGGGACCAGGGCAACCUGCUGGGGCGGUUCUGCGGCCAGGUGCCCCCGCCACCCUUCACCUCCUCCUGGCAUAUCAUGUCUGUCAUCUUCCACUCCGACAAGCACGUGGCCAGCCGCGGCUUCUCCGCAGGCUACCAGAAAGAUGUGUGUGGUGGCGUCCUGACGGGCCUGUCGGGGGUCCUCACCAGUCCCGAGUACCCCAACAACUACCCCAACAACGCGGAGUGCCGCUGGGUGAUCCGGGCCGCCGGCCCCGCCACCAUCAAGCUGGUGUUCGUGGACUUCCAGGUGGAGGGCAGUGCGGACUGCACCUAUGACUACGUGGCUGUGCUGGGUGCGCCGGGCCCCACCCGCGGGCACCACUACUGUGGCAGCGCCAGGCCCCCCACCCUGGUGUCGCAGGGCCACGAGCUGCAGGUGGUCUUCAAGUCCGACUUUAACAUCGGAGGCCGGGGCUUCAAGGCCUACUACUUCUCAGGGGAAUGCCAGGAGGUGUACACAGCUGUGCGGGGCAACUUCUCCAGCCCACAGUACCCCAGCUCCUACCCCAACAAUGUCCGGUGCCACUGGACCAUCCGCCUGCCUCCUGGCUACCGGGUCAAGGUGUUCUUCCUGGACCUGGAAUUGGAAGGGCCCAACAGCCUGACCAAGACCUGUGACUUCGACCACCUGGCAGCCUUCGAUGGAGCCAGCGAGGAGGCGCCCCUGCUGGGGAGCUGGUGUGGCCGCCACCUGCCGCCGCCGGUCACCUCGAGCCGCAACCAGCUCCUGCUUCUGCUCCACGCAGACCGCAGCACCUCCCGCAGGGGCUUCUCUGUGGCCUACAUUGGAGGUCAGUGGGGGGCGCAGGGGGCGGGUGUGCUGGAGGGGGCAGCGAGGCUGGGUCCCAGGUCUUUGCAGCCUCCUUCCUCCAUCCCACGAACUGGUUUCCCUAUCCUCUUCCCGGGCCCCUCCAUCACCAGCGCCUCCUCUGGGACCUUUGAGCCUGCACCCGUGUGCAGGAUUCCCUGGGCCACGGGCCCAGAAAUGCCUGUGUCCUGGACCCGCUUUGCCCUCUGCCUGGCCCGGCGGAAGCUCUUUGCUGAGCAGUCUUGGUUCCGGGCUGGGUCCUCUCCCAAGUCUGUGAGAUCUCGGACAAGCCCCUUCUGCUUCGUUGUGCCCAUGAACGUGAGCUGCUCCCGCAUGGACUUCCAGAUCCUGAUCUCCACGCAGGCGCUGGCCCCUCUGGGGCAGACCCAGGUCUACCUGGGCAGCCGGCGCUGUGCUGCCCAGGACGUCGGUGGCACCUUCCGGAUCCAGGCCCGCUUCGACACCUGCGGCACUGAAUCACAGGUAGGGGCUGGAGAGGGGAGGGCAGGCGUGACCAAGGUGCUCUGA